CAGCUUCCCAGAGCGUCUAUAUCCUUUUGCAAUUUUUUUGGAAUCCUACGAACGCGCGUUUGUUCAGCUACACUGCCUCGUCCCGGUGGGGGUAUAAAACUCACAAACUGGGUAUCCAAAUCGUCAUUGUACCUGCAUCAUCUACGUUACAAUGGCAGCCGCUCUCGUCAGCUUUAUCCUCACCCAAAGCAUCUAUGCCGCACCUACACCUCAGAUCUGUGGACAUCCACCACCCAACAGUACAGCUUUCUCCAUAAAUUACUCGGAUGCGUGUAACGAUCUGCGUAACUGUCGGACUAUGUGGAGCAUAGUGUACAGCUGCCUCCUUACGAUGAUCGCUUGCAUGUGGACAGCAAUCCAUCCAGAUGUGCCUAAGCAAUAUUCGGCUUGGUCGUUUGGGGAGGGUUCUCGUAAGGUUGAUAUGAUUUGUAUGUUGAUUUUUCCGGAGCUGUUGGUUUCGGCUGCAUGGAGAGAGUUCUCCGUAGCUUGGAGAAUAUCAACAAGGUGUGCUGGAAUCAAAGGAUGGUCAUUCACCCAUUCAUAUUUUGUUAUUAUGGGUGGCUUCUUCGACUCCUCCAAACGAAAAGCAGUGAAGCUAGAUGGAAAUGAAGACCCUUCUACGCUCUUUGUGAAAUACCCUGGUAUAAUUGCGAGGUCGGGAGAUCACAGAGAGGUCGCAGUAAGUAGGGAGCAGAUCCUCGACAGAAGCAAAGGCAACUUUUUUGCAAAGUCCAUUGUCGUGCUCCAGUUACUGUGGUUCACAACCCAGUAUGUUGGACGGUGGGCAGGCCAUCUACCCAGGUCACUUCUGGAAACGAUGACUGUUGCCUAUGCGGCACUUAGCAUCCUUGUUUGUGCUUUGUGGUGGCAUAAACCACUGGACGUCCAUUUCCCAAUCCAUGUAACGGAAGAGACUGAGCCCAAUCCCUCAAAUUCCGAUGCCGUCGCUGAUCCAGCACUGCCCAAAACAGAGAACACGUCAAAUCCAACUUCCCCUGCAGCGAAGCUCAUGGAGACAAGUCCCACAUGGAUAUUUUUAGUUACUGGUAUCAUUUUUGGUGGGGUUCAUUGCCUUGCAUGGUCAUUUCUAUUUCCGACGCAUGCGGAGAAACUUUUGUGGCGCAUAUCUGCGAUAAUUAUGACUGUGAGCCCUGGCGCUUCAGCAUGGGCCAUUGAAAGACUGGAAAAGGAUGAAGGCACAAGCGAGUUCCUUUUAAGUCUCUCCAUGCUUUUUUAUGCUAUUGCUCGGAUUAUCCUGUUCACUCUCACAUUUACGUCUUUGCAAUCUCCACCCGCCGCUCUUUACCGAACUAUAUCCUGGACGUCUUUCAUCCCCCACCUAGGAUGACAUAAUCGUAGACACAUAGCAUCGUCGCUCUGCAUAACAAGAACAGUCUAUUAUAAUGCACUGCCUACCUCCUUUUUAACUAGCCACCCAUCAACUCCCUACAUCCUUCGCCGUCGCAGGGUCAGCAUGGAAGGCCACUCCUUCUAAGGCCAAGCCAGAUAGUCUGGAGGUAAUAGAGCUAUAUAUAGGAAGCGCUAGAUCUAAUGUGCAAUGGCUGAGUGAAUAUAUAUUGGUUGACUGC